AUGUCCCACCAGUACCUAUACAUGGGAGUUUCUACGUCGGUCGCGCUGGACCAAAUGAACCUCACCCCGACCGAAAACACCAAUAAAUGUAGGAUAUUAAUCAACAUUUACUCAUGUUUCUUUGCGCUCAGAACAUAUGCGCUCUGGGACAACAAUAGAAUCGUACUCUUAGGCCUGCUGUCCACUGCUUUCGUUAUGGUCGUAACAUCCGUUGGCAUUCGUUUUACCAUUAUUGCCACCUCAAAUAUCACGACUAGUACGAUACCAGGCAUCCAAGGCUGCUCCUGGAGCCCGAGCGGUGUCUUAUACUUGAUGUUGUUUAUUUUCUUAUUUGUGUUUCAACUGGGAUUAGUAUCCCUCACACUCAUACGUGUCAUACAGAGCUGGCGGUCGUCAAAGGGCCAUCUGUACGCCGCCCUUGUGAAGCAUAACAUAUUCUACUAUACAUGCGGUCUCCUUUUUUCUGCCAUAAAUGUCAUCAUGCCAGUGCUAUUUCCCAAUUCCGCAUACUACAUCGUCCUGGAAGACCUUCAGCACAUGCGCGACUCUGAUGCCGUCAUAUGCACUUCUAUGUUCGACAUGUCACCUGCAGACCUUAUGGUGUAA